UCUCCCGGUCCUGUCCGCCGCAAGGCGCAGAACCGCAGGCGCUCGCCGGGCUAAGCCUGCGCGGGGCCGCCUAGCUCGCUCACAGUUCGGCAGGCGGCCUCCGGGUGUUGACCACUGCGCCCGCGGCCCUGGGCGAGGAUAGAGGCUGGACUCGAGGUUCGGCAGCCGGCGCCGCUCUCGGAAGAUGGCAACCUGUGCAUGGCUCGUCCUGGGAGGAGCUGACUUCAGUCAUCACGAUGCCUAAGAAUCGAGUGUGACGUUUCUCCAGGUACUUCAUGGUGUUCUCCUCCACCCUCUCCACAUCACUGCUCUGCGUGGCUCCUGAAACAUGGGGGAAAAUGAGGAUGAGAAGCAGACCCAGGCCGGGCAGAUAUUCGAGAACUUUGUCCAAGCUUCCACAUGCAAAGGUACCCUUCAGGCCUUCAACAUCCUCACCCGACACCUGGACCUAGACCCUCUGGACCACAGAAACUUUUAUUCCAAGCUCAAGUCCAAGGUGACCACCUGGAAGGCCAAGGCCCUGUGGUACAAACUGGACAAGCGUGGGUCCCACAAAGAGUAUAAGCGAGGAAAGUCUUGUAUGAAUACCAAGUGUCUCAUCAUUGGGGGAGGACCGUGUGGUCUGCGCACUGCCAUUGAACUUGCCUACCUGGGGGCCAAAGUGGUCGUGGUGGAGAAGAGGGACACCUUCUCCCGGAACAACGUGCUACACCUCUGGCCUUUCACCAUCCAUGACCUGCGAGGCCUGGGAGCCAAGAAGUUCUAUGGGAAGUUUUGUGCCGGCUCCAUCGACCAUAUCAGUAUUCGUCAGUUGCAGCUCAUCCUAUUCAAGGUGGCCUUGAUAUUGGGAGUUGAAAUCCAUGUGAAUGUGGAGUUUGUGAAGGUUCUAGAGCCUCCUGAAGAUCAAGAAAAUCAAAAAAUUGGCUGGCGGGCAGAAUUUCUCCCUGCAGAUCACCCUCUGUCGGAAUUUGAGUUUGAUGUCAUCAUUGGCGCGGAUGGCCGCAGGAACACGCUGGAAGGGUUCAGAAGAAAAGAAUUCCGUGGGAAGCUGGCUAUUGCAAUCACCGCCAACUUCAUCAACAGAAACAGCACGGCUGAGGCCAAGGUGGAAGAGAUUAGCGGCGUGGCUUUCAUCUUCAAUCAGAAAUUUUUUCAGGAUCUUAAAGAAGAAACAGGGAUUGAUCUUGAGAACAUUGUUUACUAUAAGGACUGCACCCACUAUUUUGUCAUGACUGCCAAGAAGCAGAGCUUGCUUGACAAAGGUGUCAUCAUUAAUGACUAUAUCGACACAGAGAUGCUGCUGUGCGCGGAGAAUGUGAACCAGGACAACCUGCUUUCCUAUGCACGCGAGGCUGCAGACUUCGCCACCAACUACCAGCUGCCAUCUUUAGACUUUGCCAUGAACCAUUACGGGCAGCCUGACGUGGCCAUGUUCGAUUUCACCUCCAUGUACGCCUCCGAGAAUGCGGCCUUGGUGCGCGAGCGGCAGUCACACCAGCUGCUCGUGGCCCUCGUGGGCGACAGCUUGCUUGAGCCAUUCUGGCCCAUGGGCACUGGUUGUGCCCGCGGCUUCCUGGCAGCCUUUGACACUGCAUGGAUGGUGAGAAGCUGGGACCAGGGCACUUCGCCCCUGGAGCUUCUGGCUGAAAGAGAAAGUCUUUACCGACUGUUACCUCAAACGACCCCAGAGAACAUCAACAAGAACUUUGAGCAGUACACAUUAGACCCAGGAACGCGGUACCCAAACCUCAACUCAAACUGUGUCAGGCCCCAUCAGGUGAAGCAUUUGUACAUUACUAAGGAGCUGCACCAGUAUCCUCUUGAGAGGCUGGGCUCAGUGAGGAGAUCCGUCGGCCUCUCCAGGCGAGAGUCGGACAUCCGGCCCAGCAAGCUCUUAACCUGGUGCCAGCAGCAGACCGAGGGCUACCAGCAUGUCAAUGUCACCGACCUGACCACAUCCUGGCGGAGUGGUCUGGCCCUGUGUGCCAUCAUCCACCGCUUCCGGCCUGACCUAAUCAACUUUGACUCUUUGAACGAAGACGACACUGUGGAGAACAACCAGCUGGCAUUUGACGUGGCAGAGCGUGAGUUUGGCAUCCCCCCACUGACCACAGGCAAAGAGAUGGCAUCGGCCCGGGAGCCCGACAAGCUCAGUAUGGUCAUGUACCUCUCCAAGUUCUAUGAGCUCUUCCGGGGCACCCCUCUGAGGCCUGUGGAUUCCUGGCGUAAAAACUACGAAGAGAAUGCCGACCUCGGCUUGGCCAAGUCAUCCAUUCCUCAUCACUAUCUCAACCUCACGUUUCCGAGGAAGAGGACUCCGCGAGUGGACAGCCGGACCGAAGAGAAUGACAUGAACAAGCGGAGGCGGAAGGGCUUCAACAACCUGGACGAGCCUUCAGCCUUUUCCAGCCAGAGCUUGGGCUCCAAUCAAGAGGGCAUUAAGGAAGGUGGAAAUCAGAACAAAGUCAAGUCCAUGGCAAGUCAGCUGCUGGCCAAGUUCGAGGAGAACUCACGGAACCCCUCAAUCCUGAGGCAGGAGCACCGUGUCUCAGGGAUAGGGCAUGUGCUCCGAGAGCUAAAGCAAGUGUCUGCUGGUGGCGAGUGUCCAACCAGGCCCUGGAGAGCCCGAGCCAAGUCUGACCUGCAGCUGGGCGGGCCAGAAAACCUUGCCAGCCUGCCUCCCACCUGCCCGGGAGCGCUGGCCCUCUCUGGCGUGCUGCGGCGGCUGCAGCAAGUGGAGGAAAAGGUUCUCCAGAAAAGGGCUCAGAACUUGGCCAACAGGGAAUUUCACAAAAAGAACAUUAAGGAGAAGGCGGCUCACCUUGCCUCCAUGUUUGGACACGGGGAUUUCCCACAGAAUAAACUACUCUCUAAAAGCCUGUCUCAUACUCAUCCUCCGUCUUCUCCCUCCUGCCUUCCAUCUCCUGAUUCAGCUGCUACUUCCUCUCCAUCAACUGUUGACUCUGUUUCUCCUGCCAGAAAGCUGACAGUAGGGAAAGUAUCCAGCGGAAUAGGGGCUGCAGCUGAAGUUCUGGUCAAUCUGUACUUGAAUGAUCACAGACCUAAGACUCAGGCCACCUCUCCAGACCUGGAGUCCGUACGGAAGACGUUUCCCCUGAACGUGGGUGGCAGCGACACCUGUUACUUCUGCAAGAAGCGCGUGUAUGUCAUGGAGCGGCUGAGCGCGGAAGGCCACUUCUUCCACCGGGAGUGUUUCCGCUGCAGCAUCUGUGCCACCACCUUGCGCCUGGCCGCCUAUGCCUUUGAUGUUGACGAAGGCAAGUUUUUCUGCAAGUCUCAUUUCAUUCACUGUAAGACCAACAGCCAGCAACGGAAGAGACGGGCAGAGUUGAAGCAACAAAAAGAGGAGGAGGGGAUGUGGAAAGAGCAAGAAGCCCCUCGGCGAGACCCUCCCGCGGAAAGUUCUUGCGCUGCCGCCGCCAUCGCCACACCAGAAGGCAGCCCCCCAGAUGAGCCGACCUCCCCCAAGAAGCCCAAGAGCGUCCCGGAGCUCGAGCCUGGGGGUAUGGCAGGUGGAGCUGCCUCCCCCCUGCCCUCUGAGUGGACCGCAGUGAGGAUCAGCCCCGGGGAGGAUGUGGUUGGACAGGACGUGCUGGCCGUGCGCGUCCUGGUCAGCAGCGAUGACAGCAGCUCCGAUGCAGAGCCGGACCAUGGUGACAGUGAGGCCCCCAGUGCAGAGCCCUUUGACGAAAGACCCCGGCGGCCAGAACUCCACCUCCCAGCCCUCCUGAAGCCCCUUUCCCGGCACAGCUCCCUGAGGGAGACCCUGACCAGGGCAGUCUCUCCACACGACCUCGGGGAGCCUGAAGCUGUGCCUGCUCUGCAGCGGGCCAAUAGUUUCCAAUGUCCAACUCCCAGCGAAUACCAGAGUGGGAGAAGAUUCCAGUCCAAUUUGAUACCAGUGAAACACAAAAUGACUGUGUCGCCUCCAAAGGAAGCUUGUCCUCCCCCACCUUCUCCUUCUCCACCCUCUUCUUCCUCAACUGGUGACCUGAACGCCCUGGACAGUCCCUCCCUGCCUCAGGUGACAGCUUUCAACACCCCCUCACAGGUCUCCAGAGGUCAUUUCAGUCCAUCCACCCCCAUCUUUCUGAGGCGUGCCAAAGCCCAUGGACCACCCAAGGAUCUCCCCCUGCGUCUGCCUGGGCAGGUACUGGAGCGGACAGAAUACUGCCUGGCAAGGCCUGGUGGAGACAACCUCAAGAGCUCCAGGCCAUCCAGCCCUGCAGAGAUGGCUUCUGGUGGAUGUCAGGAAGCAGUGACCCCUCCUAGGGACAUCAGAAGCAUCCACAGAGGUCCACACCCCACUGAAGGGAAGGACAGGUGCUUGCCAGACCACCCGCUGUCUCCCUGGGCCAGAGAGGAGCCUGGAGAAGGGAGUACCAGACCCAGGAGGGUAGAGGAUGGUGGGUUAGAGCUGGCAGAGAAGUCAGGCUUAAAGAAGUUGGUUCUCACUCCGGAGCAGAAGACUUGGUUGUUGGACUGGAAUGACUCCAACCUUGAGAACUUGCAUCUGGGAACUGGGGCACGACUUCCCCAAAAGAGCACUAAAAAUGGUACAGGAGGCCAUGUGCUGAAACCAGUCCACCCCUUGCUGCUCCCUCGGGCAGAGAAAGAGACCUUGCCAGCCCAGAGACAGUCUCAGGAGAAGAUGGGGGCCCCAGCUGAACGGGCUCCUGGGGAGCGAAGCAUGGCCCCACCCAAGUCUCCACUGCGGCUCAUAGCCAACGCCAUCCGAAGGUCCCUGGAGCCACUGCUCCCCAACUCUGACGGUGGGAGGAAGUCCUGGGCCAAACCAGAGUCAAAGACUUUGCCCACUAGCCCGCCUCAUGCUCAUACUCGCUCAUUCAGUUUUCGGAAAAGCAGCUCCAGUAAAGACAACGAUCAGCCAUCCCCCAAGAGAGACAUGGCAAGCAAGGCCUCAGCCUUCUUCUCCCUGGGCUCCCCGACUGCAAGGACUGCCCAGCCCUCAGCCCCGAGCCCUGCUGCCCCUGCCCUUUGCACCCACAGCUUGCCCAGCCGGUCAUCCAAGGUGUUUCCUGCGCUUGUGUCCCCACCCUGCGGCAAGAUCGAAGAUGUCCCCACACUCCUGGAGAAAGUGAGUUUGCAGGAGACAGUCCCAGAUGCUUCCAGGGUUCCCAAGAAAAGGACCUCACUCUUCUCCUCCUUCAGACUCAAAGACAAGUCUUUUGAGAGUUCCCUCCAAGAAUCUGGACCAAGAAAGGACUCCCAAGACCUCUUCAGCAGCCCCAAGGGGAAGGCGCCGCCCAUGGGCAAUGCCCAGCCCCCAGAGAAGCAGGUGCAGCCAGUCAGUAGCACCUGCCUGGUGCAGAGGGUCCCUCCUCCUUCUCCAGAGAAAGAUGCAAGUCUCACGCACGUCCCCACCAGAGCACAGGAGACAGGGACUGUCUCUUCUACCUCUUCCUCCACCACCUCCUCCGCAGAUGAGGAAUUCCAUCCCCAGCCUUCCUCAAGGUCAAAGGAGAGGAAGACACUUCGAAGAAGGAGGAAGCUGGAAAAAGCAACAAAACAAUUGGUUAAGCAAGAAGAAUUGAAAAGACUUCAUAAAGCUCAGGCCAUCCAGAGGCAGUUGGAGGAGGUGGAGGAGCGGCAGAGGGCUUCCGAGAUCCAGGGCGUGAGGCUGGAGAAGGCGCUGAGAGGAGAAGCAGAUUCAGGCACACAGGAUGAAGCACAGCUUUUGCAGGAAUGGCUUAAGCUGGUUCUGGAGAAGAAUAAAUUAAUGCGAUAUGAAUCAGAGCUCCUGAUCAUGGCCCACGAACUAGAACUGGAAGAUCACCAAAGCAGACUAGAGCAGAAAUUAAGAGAGAAAAUGCUCCAGGAAGAGAGCCAGAAAGAUGAGAAUGAUCUGAAUGAAGAGCAAGAAAUACUCACCGAGAUGAUGCAAGUGAUUGAGCAAAGGGACAAACUGGUGGAUUCCUUAGAGGAACAACGCAUCAGAGAGAAGGCUGAAGACCAGCACUUUGAAAGCUUCAUAUUCUCUAGCGGCUGUCAGCUGAGCAGGACGUGAGCCGGCCCCACAGGGAGCAAGCUGACGACCAGAUCAGGCCAAGCACCCCACACUCACUCGUUCCUCCUUUCAAAGGAUGUUAGACCUGAAACAUAACUUAUACCACGCUGCAGUAUUUUUUGAAAUAAUUAAGAUUCUCUCAUAUGUACUCCAGCUGCCUAAGGUACUUCCAGAGAUUAUAAUGAAGAAAAUAUAGAGACUCUUUUGAAAUUGGCAGUCAACUUCAGCUGGUCUCUCAGAUUGGAGAUGACUUUGGCAGAUAAUCAGCAUUGUUUUCUAUAAAGAGUGACACAGAGAUCAGUUUUCGUGCUGCUUUCAUCAUUUCUCUUCCCAAUUCAUUGAGUUACACAUCUUAAGAUUUUUAAGAAGCUGCCUUUUCAUUACUAUAAGCAUAUUUGCCUUUUCUUUGCACGGGUGACUGGUUUUCAAAUGUCAGAAAGAAGUAGCCGCUGUUUAAAGAUUAGGUUAAUAUUUAAAUUGUGCUUCCAGAGAAAGGGGAGAAACCUUGAGAUUACUGAUUACAUAAAGCAAAUAACUCAUAUAGCAGGUGUUAAUUCAAUCCAGGGUGAAUUUAAUUCACCAGGUGUAUUUAUAAGCCUUAAUAUAAUAUACAUAAGCAAUGAGAAUUUAAUAGAACAUUUGAGCCUUAAUUUUAUUUAAAAAAAAAAGAAAGAAAAAAGGAAAUAAAACUUCAACUUCAUACCAGCAGGAUUGUUAGUUUUCACCAAAUGCUAUUGGCUUAGAAAAGCUUUUUUUUUUUUUUUUCAGAUCUCUCUCUUUAUUUCCCCAGAAUGUAGUGAAAAACAUUUUUAGAAGAUGAAUAAUUUUUAAAGACAGAACCAAUAUUUUAAAAAAAGAAGAAUUUUGAAGUACUUUUUUAUAUCUGCUGGUAAUGGCAAAAAGGAAAACUCAUUUGUUGAUAAAAUAUUAGUGAGGUUGAUGCUGCUACUGAAAGUGAAUAUUCUAGUGAUCAAGGGUGAAGGAUGCUUUUCAGCAGUGGUCUCCUUAGGUCCAAACAGAGAAAUGUCUCUGACACUCUCUACAGGGGCUUCCAGGAACUCCACAGGACAAGACAAGGCCACUUCUGCCUUUAAGGUGGAGUGAGGUGCAGGGGCCCCAUUCACCAAAUCCCAAACUGGAUAAAGGAUUUUUUUUUUUUUGGUGGCAUUUUCCAUGGGAAAAAAAAAAAAAAGCCAGGAGAUGGAGUUUGUGCACUGACAUGGGAUUCCUGGGACAUUUUGAUGGUUCAUAUGGAAACCAAAGAAAAGAUUUUAAAUGGUGAUUUGUUGUUCUAAAGUAUUUGAUUAUUUUCCCUCAAUGGGAUUCUUUGAGGAGCCAGUCCAUCAUUGACAAGUGGGAGACUGAAGAAGUCAUUGUUGUAUAUUUGGCCUCUCUCAUGUCAGCAAGUGUUUAAAUGUAUGUAUUGUUGGACAAAUGGUGCUUUGCAACUGCCUGGAGAGCUAACGUUCCUCAAUAGAAGUUGACCCAUAAGCCACUUUUGUCUGAGAUGGUGUCCAUACACGACAAUCUGGUCAGCUGAUCAGGCUGGAACUUAGAAGUGUGCCUGCGUUUCCUGAGUCAGCCAACGUUCUGGGCAGUAUUAAGACGCAACCUUUCCAUGGUAUACGAAGUUCUAAAGGUUGUGGUUCUUUUUCUUUCUUCUCUCCUUCCUUUUUCUUUUUUAGCAUGAUCAGGUCUUCUAGUGCCUGAAUUCUAUUAUUAGGAAAUAUAUGCAAGCAUCUAUUUCUCUCUCUCUCUCUCUCUGAAAACUGUGCCACUUAGGGCUAUUUAUCUAUUUUUAUUUAUUUAUAUAUAUGGUGGAAAUGGUUAAGGUGAUUUCUUCGUAAUUCUGGUUUUCCUGUGUUAUAAUUUGGAGAAGACCUAUUAACACUAAGCUAUCAGUAAAUAAGCUAUUUAAUAUACAAAUAACCCAGAGGUUUGGGGCAUUAUGUUAUAUAGUAUUAAAGACUUAUGGAGAUAGUCAAAAUAAUGCUUUCUGCCAUCAGGCAUUUAGAGGUAAGACUACAGAUGUACCAGAAUGUUAAUUCAUUUUAAGAAAGAUACAUAACUUCAGUUUUCCUUCUAGAAUGGGUAGAAAUAUUCAAGCUUAGUCAUCAUUUGAUGCUUGCAUAUAUUUAACAGAUGAUGCUCAAAUGUGUCAUGUCUGGGUUGGUUUUGUGUGAAAGAAUUAAGUGCCACUUAUUUUAACUUGUUUUAUUUCAGUCUUAAAAGAAGAUUUUCCCAAGAGGGCCAAAAAAGAAGGUGGUUCUUGGCCCAAGUAUUCUGUUAAUAGAUGAGAGAAGAAAUUUGCUCAUUUUCUCUUCCAAAGAUUUUAUUCUGUGGUUUAAGGCUGAGUCUUAUCUGACCAAGUUAAAACAUAAACCUUAUAUUUAACAGCCUUCUCCUUACUCUAGCUUUCAGUUUUCCCAGUACUUAAAAACCAUUUUAAUGAUCAUUUCCAAAGGACACAAAUAUUGUGGCUGUUGAACUAUGUUAAAUGAUUACAACAGAGAAUGUUUUGAGACUCUCAAAAGGUAAAAUGUUGUACCAUUUGAAAAGUUUCUGUGCAGGCAGUAUGAGUAGGAUCAUGUUGAAAACAGAUGGAGCCUUCACUUUUCCAUAAAAUAACACUUGUGAUCAAGGCUGAACCAUUUAGGAUGAAACUGAAAGCCCCAGCUUCGGGUCAUAUUUCAUAAACUCACACAGCUUUUAACUUGAAAGAAAGGCUCAUGAUUAAAACUUCAGAAUUUUAUGUAAGUUGGACCAAGAGGACAGUUCUUAAAUUAAGCUUGCUCUCCCAAACCAUUCAUCUAUUUAUUUGUUUAAUAAACAUCUUCCAAAUACCCAUGGGAUUCAGCAGCCCUGUGCUAGGUGAAAAAUACGGAAAUAACAUUAUUCCUCUACCCACAAGUAAACUCAAAGAUAAAUAAGUACAACUCCAAAUAAAUACAAGAAUAAAGAAUGAUUUUUAUUGUAAGCAUCAACCUAUUCUACUCACGUUUAUCUCAAGUACAAAGACUUAUCCCCCCAACUAUUUGUAGUGCUUCUUUGGCAAUAAAAGCACAAGUGUGUUCAUGUUUCUAAAACCGUGAAAAAUAAUAUCAGGUUAUACUGUUUCAUUUAAACCUUGACUUUGGCA